AUGGCAUCUCCGUCCCGCCAGCCGUUGCCCCUGCGGCGACAGUCGUCAACAAACAACAUCCGCGAUGAUGACUUAACUCGCUCCCUCAAGCAGCUCUCGCUCGCCACUUCCCCCGGCCGCGGCGCGAGCUCAUCCCGUCUCUCCGAGCCGACCACGCCGUUCCGAACCACCAGCCGCAUGGGCUCCCAUUCACCUCGAGUCCCGUCUCGAAGCCCUUCCAAUGGACGGGACUCCCGCUCCGCGACUCCGACAUUGCUGCGCAAAGCGUCUAUGAACUCGCUGCGCUCGUCGACUGGCGUAGGCGCUGGUCCAACCCCGACACGUCGGGCGAGCGCAGCGAACAUCAUGUCGCCAACCGGCAAGAUGUCACCUUUGUCAACAACCCCACCGGUCCUGGAGGCGCCACGCCCAACUGCCAGCUCCAUCGCCAAAGAUUUCUUCAAGGCUGAGCUGGAGGCACACCAUGGAUCAGUCGCCACACGUCAGACCCAAGCCAUUGUCAUCCUCCAUGAUGCAGUUUACGGCCAUCGAUUUUCUCGACCUCGCACCUCCCGAAGCGGCCUCGCCACCAUCGUUGAACGCCCCGAGCGAGUCAAGGCCGCUGUGCUAGGAGUCUCGACGGCAUAUGUGCGUCUUGGUGGACGUCACAGCGAGGGCGCAUAUCCUGUUCAUCCCAGGCUCAAUGCUCAUGACCUCCCUAGCAUCCCCUUCCGAAUUCAGAAAACAAGCCGGAAGCUAUCCCUCCUGUCGCAGGCCGUCACUAACGUCCAUGGGACCAAGUGGAUGGAGGAACUCAAGACGAUGUGCGAAGCAGCUGAGACCAAGCUUGCAAUGGGAGGAAAGGAGCUCCAGAGACCAGAGAUGAAUAGGGGUACCACUGCUCCCCCGGAGAAAUUCCAUGAGGGUGACCUCUAUCUUUGUGCAGAAUCUUUGGAUGCCAUGGAAGGCGCUCUGGGAGCUGUGUGUGAGGCUGUCGAUGCGGUCUUUAGUCCUGGCCCUGGUCCCCAGCGGGCUUUUGUUGCUAUAAGACCUCCUGGACACCAUUGCUCAGCGUCAUAUCCUUCGGGAUUCUGCUGGGUCAAUAAUGUACACGUCGGGAUUAUGCACGCCGUCAUGAAUCAUGGCGUCACCCAUGCCGCCAUCAUCGAUAUUGAUCUUCAUCACGGUGACGGGUCGCAGGCAAUCGCAUGGGAGCACAAUACCCGAGCUACAAUGGCUGCAAAGAACGCUGCUGCUUGGAAGAAGUCGUCAAUUGGCUAUUUCAGCUUGCACGACAUCAAUUCCUAUCCAUGCGAGCAGGGUGACGAGGAAAAGGUCAAGAACGCCAGCCUCUGUAUCGACAAUGCGCAUGGUCAGACUGUCUGGAACGUCCACCUGCAGUCAUGGAAGACAGAGGCGGAUUUCUGGCAGCUAUACAAGUCUAAGUACGCUGUCCUCCUGGACAAGGUCCGAAACUACCUCCAGAACCAGGCCGAGCGGUUCAAGCAAUCCAACCAGCCUCCAAAGGCGGCCAUUUUCUUCUCCGCCGGCUUCGACGCCAGCGAGUGGGAGAGUGCGGGAAUGCAACGCCAUCAGGUUAACGUCCCAACGGAGUUCUACGCCCGUAUCGCCCAGGAUGUCAUCAAGCUCGCGGCUGAGGAGGAUCUCUGUGUCGACGGCCGAAUUAUCAGUGUUUUGGAGGGCGGAUACAGUGACAGGGCUCUGUUUUCAGGCGUCUUCAGUCAUUUGAGUGGUCUCGCUGGCGAUCAGAAUAUUGACCAACCGCUCCAUUCCACUGGAGGCCUCGGUUUUGAGAUGGGUCAAAAGAUUGGUGUUGUCCCCGAGCAGGAAGAAACCGAGAUGCCUCAGAACCCUUCACUGGACUCAGUCCAUUCCUACGAUCCUUCAUGGUGGGCCAGCCGUAAGCUGGAGGAGCUCGAGGGCAUCAUGGUUGAUCCACCUAGCCUUGAGAGAAAGUCAAGCUUCAGCUCCCCAACCUACUUCUCACCCACUCAGGCUUCUACUGCCAAGGUUGUAGAACUCCGAAUGCGACGCAGCCUCUCCAAUCUCUCAGGAUCCGCUUCGCGGCCUGCAUCACCACCUCCACCAGAGGUCCCAUGGACUGUCGCUGCCCAUGAGCUCAGCAAGCUGCUCAUCCCUUCUGAUCGACAGACGGACAGCUGCAAGCCUGAGGAUCUGAACGCGGAGGCAAGCCGAGUCAGGCGAGACCGCCAGUCGCUGAUCAAUGGGGUGCCUCCAGCCCCUUCGGUUGCCUCAUCAAGUCGACCAACUUCUCGCAUGGCACUUCGCGAGAGGAGAGCCAAACCAGCUCCGCCUGUGGUUGAACCAAGCAAAGACAGGGCCGUUAAAGGUCGUCGAAAGACGGUUGCUGCUACCAGCUUCUCUACUGACAAGUCCGCGGAUGUCACUGGGAACCAAGCAGUGAGGAAAGCCAGUCGACGGCUUAGCGAGGCGCCGACCAUGCUCAGCUCCCGAGAUUCCUCCUCGCCUCCCACCAUCGCCGUCGCCAGUGGCCCUGUGGCUCCCACAAGUACUGUCCCUGGUCCAUCAUCGACUGCUCGCGCUCCUACGGGCGGAACUUUACCCCUGAAAAAGACCAGACCCUCUACCGCCCCUACCACAACCGCCACCACCCGGAAGGAAGUUGUUCCCAAGGCGCCUCGGGGUGUCAGGAAGCCGAGUGUCCCAGCCGGCAGUUCAAAGCCUGCAACGGCCACAGCUGCACAGAAGAGCAAGUCCCCGGGCAAAGCCGAGCCGUCGAACAAAGCAGGCGACGACAUGGACAAGCUCACUGCAGGCAUGAAGAAGAUCCGCAUCAACCUCAUCACGCAGUCCCAGAAGGAUGCCAAGCAGCGAGCACGACUUGACGCUGGUAAAGCCUCGUCUACCUCAGCCUCUGCCACUGCUUCUGUCGGUCCCUCGGCUAAAAGUGAAAAGGACGAAGAAGUGAAGCUGCCUGCACUCCCUGCUCUACAGCAACCAUCCCUCACACCGAGCCCCGAGCCCGCAAUGAGGUGUGAUAUGGGAGGAGUCUCUCCCAAGCAAAUGGCGCAUCCUGACCCUCAUAUUCCCACACCACCCACAACCAUCCCCUCCAGCGGGCUCUCCUCGCCCUCGCAGGAGCAAGAUCCUUUUAAUAUGAGUUCACCCGAUCCCCAGCACGUUGUUCUCCCUGUCAGCUCUCCAGUCAUUCCCUCCGUGGCCAUCCAACCCGACGGUGAUUGUCCAGACGUCUUCAUCUCAUACCAGCCUGACGGUCCCACGCCCGUUGCCGUCGGCCAGCACGAGGUCUUGAAAUGGCUUCCCCCCAAUGCACCGACCCCGUCUGCGAACACGCCUGCUGCUACACCUAGUCCCGUGAAAAGGCAGAACAACCUCUUCCACUAUAGCGCUGGAAUUCCCUUUGCACCCCGCCCGCAGGAGCCGGCUCCCAACGCGGAUGUCCAGACCAAGACCAAACCCACGCAGCCAGGCUCGAAUCAGCAGACUUCAACCUAG